CUCGUAUCAUAGCCAUUGCCGUUCCUAUUGCAUCAGCUGUGCAUGCAGGCUCCGCGCAUUCUGCCAUUCUCGCGCAAUUGGCCGCCAUAUGCACAGCGCAUGUAGGAUCAAUCAGUGUAGGCCAUACAGUGCCCUGUUGGUGCUGCAGGCCGCCCAACAUGCGUUCAUUAUCGUAUCUGACUUCUGCGCGGAGCGGGGUUGUCUUGCAAUCGUCUGACUUUGCGAUGGACGACGCGUCGUUGCGUUACGUGCUUUGAGCCUAUAAAUUGAAGACUGGAGGAAACGCGACAGUACAGCGAUGCACGGCGACUCAGAUGACAACGUCGGCCGAGUCGGCGCUGACGAUGGUGACGCUCAAGCAGAGAUCAGAGUACCGUCAUCAGCCGUGAGGCCUCAUGCAGAAGACAAGGUCGAGUCUUCUGAGGAUGAAGUCGUCUGGAAAGGUCGAUCGACAGGUCAGACCACCCAUCUUCCUACGAAGAGAUCAACCAAAAGUCGAACUACUCCAGGCGCAACGCCUUCGGUCGAUCCGGCGUCUGACCAUCGAGCGCGGCGAAGCGAGGCUACGAAGAACAGGAUGACAACACCGAGUUACUCCUACCCAUAUUCGUCUGGGUUAUACCAGCCGUAUGCGCAGCCUUUCUGGCCACAUUCGCCCACUUAUCCAUUGAUCUACCCACCGACCUACCCUCUGAGCUACCCGUCGGCCUACCCGCGGUUUUAUGCUUCGCCUGAACCAUACAAGGAUGCUGAUCCGAUGAUUCAAGAUGGUCUGUCGCAGCAAAAUACCCAUCACGGAGAAACGUCGAAGUCCAGAAGUAGAAGCGUGACAUUUUCUCCUGAAAUCGCAACAAUGGGCGAAAAGCCGCAGAAGUCGAGCAAGAUAAUAUCAGAACCGACGAAGAAGGGUAGAUCCAAGGAGAAGACGAAAAUACGACAAAAGCUUUUAUCGCCGCCCUCUGGCCCCGCCCACCACAAAAUCGACAAAGUAGACUCAAUCAAAGGCGAAGAUACAACGAUACUCGAUUACUCUGACAUACAUCCAUCAAUAGUGGAGGAGCAGUCGGAUGAUUCUACCUCGCACUUCAUGUAUGAAGAUCCUACGCCUCCGUCUCAUAGCAGAGGGCGCGCUGCCAGUGUCACGCCAGCACAUCACGAAAUGGUUCUCUACAAAGACCCACGAGUUUCAAACGUUGCUGAAGCAGCUCAAGAGCACAUGGCCAAUCCGCUGUACCCACUCCACUACAAUGCCAUACACAGCGAGCCUCUUGCCAGUCGUAUCGAACCCCAUAGAUUCUCUCUCAACCCCGAUGACAUGGACAUGAUGCCUUUAGAUCUUCCGUUCGCGAUACAGGAACCUGGAGGCUUAACGAGAUCUCCUGAUUCAAUGCCCAUGACAACGCUGGUCGAUCCGCUACAGACAGAUCGUUUGCAACGCCCAAGUCGGGAUCCUAGCCUCAGAUCCAUUGAUCCUGAGCAUGCUGAAGGAACACAAGCGUCGUAUACAACGGUCGAAGACAUGCAAAGAGCGGCAAACGAUAUGACAGUCACGGAGUCUCUUUCGCGAAAAGCUUCACAGGUCGACCUUGCUGACGGACGGACUAGCAGGCGCGCAAAGCAUCACGAAUUAGAGGGAUUGAUCAUCGCGGUCACAGUCCAAAGCAACCAUGCUACCUUUUACUCGCAAUUUUCGAUCCCAUCACAGAUGAAGUGGCCGAACCACAUGAGUGAUGUCGACAACUUGAGAAUGGAUGUUAAGAGAGCUGUCAGUGCAAAGAGGCUGAGGAGAAGGGAUGGCUCAUUCUCAAUGGAGCUAUACUGCGAAGAAGGGCCAUCUUCCGGCAAAGAAAACCAAGAUCAUCAAAUGCAGUGGCUGUAAGAGACUGGUAGUUUACUCCAUCAAUGACUAUCACUAAUUCGGUAUCCUAGGCACAUGCAAACGCAUCGCCUGAACCUUACCGACUUUGAGGUUUGUUGGACCAUAC